AUGCCCUUGCCGCCAUCAUGGGUGGUGGUGCCACCGCACUUCACCGACCAACAGGUGCUGGAGGGCAACACACCCAACGUGGAUGUCACGGCACCAGGAGCAAUUCUCGCCCUUGCCAUGAUGUACCUUCAGGUGGACUCCUGCUCCUUAGGUGCGCUCAUCCUCUGGGACAGGUGCGCUCAUCCUCUGGGACAGGUGCGCUCAUCCUCUGGGACAGGUGCGCUCAUCCUCUGGGACAGGUGCGCUCAUCCUCUGGGACAGGUGCGCUCAUCCUCUGGGACAGGUGCGCUCAUCCUCUGGGACAGGUGCGCUCAUCCUCUGGGACAGGUGCGCUCAUCCUCUGGGACAGGUGCGCUCAUCCUCUGGGACAGGUGCGCUCAUCCUCUGGGACAGGUGCGCUCAUCCUCUGGGACAGGUGCGCUCAUCCUCUGGGACAGGUGCGCUCAUCCUCUGGGACAGCGUGCAGCCAUCGAGGAGUGGGUGGCAGCACAGGUGCCGCGCAUCAUCCGCACUGCCGCUGCUGCCACUGGGGGAGGGGAAGAAGAGAGGGGUGCGGGGGAAAAUGAGGGGGAGGGGGGCGUGGGGAAAGGGGCGAGGGAGGGCGGAGGGGAGGGGGAGGCGGAUGUGGAUGAGGAGGCGAUGGCUUUGGCGCUGUGCAAUGUGCUGGCAGGAUGCUGCCUCUCCAUCGGUGAGUCGCACCAUGCCACGUGCUGCCUCUCCAUCGGUGAGUCGCACCAUGCCACGUGCUGCCUCUCCAUUGGUGAGUCGCACCAUGCCACGUGCUGCCUCUCCAUCGGUGAGUCGCACCAUGCCACGUGCUGCCUCUCCAUCGCGUGCAGGGAAGGACAUGGUGCAAGUCUGCAUGUGUCUAUUCACCGUCGCACCUUCCCUCCACCCACGAUUGCACCUUCUCCCACUGCCACACUUUCCCUCCUGUCACACCUCCAUCCUCCCACCCCUUUUCUUCUCUCGCUGCCUUCACUCCACCUCCUCACGUGUCUUCACUCUGUCUUUCCGUCCCCCAUCUCUGUCUCCUCCCCUCUCCCCCACACAGGGCUGCGCUAUGCAGGUUCAGCCAAUGGUGAAGCAGAGAAGCUUCUCCGAAGCUACGCGCUGCUGUUCUUCUUCCUCCGAGAGCGCCGUCCCCUCACGGCCGUGGCCUGCCCGUUCGCCGUGCCGCUGCUGCACUGGCGGGCGCUGCUGGACGCGUGCACCCUUGACACCGCUGUCAACGCUGCCGUGCUCUCCCUCUCCCUUGUCAUGGCAGGAACGGGCCAUCUGCCGUCGCUGCGUCUGCUGCGUUUUUUCCACCGUCGCACCGCUGCUGCUGCCGAUGCCGCUGCUGUCAACGCCGCUACCACCUAUGGCUCACACAUGGCGGUGAGCAUGGCAAUCGGUUUCCUGGGCCUGAGUGCCUGCCAGGCCACCUUCUCCACGUCGCCCCCUGCUGUGGCGGCGCUGCUGCUCGCGCUCUUCCCGCACUUCCCCUCCUCGCCCGCCGACCACCGCUGCCACCUGCAGGCGUUGCGGCAUUUCUGGGUGCUGGCGGUGGAGGAGAGGGCGUUCGUGGAGGCUGUGGAUGUGGACACGUGGCAGCCUGUCAUUGCUCCACUGCACCUCACCCUCAAGCCCUCUGACUCGUCCACUCCAACCGCGCUGUCGCUGCACACGCCGUGCCUGCUGCCGCCGCUGCCUCAGGUGCUCUCUCAUUCGCCUCAGGUGCUCUCUCAUUCGCCUCAGGUGCUCUCUCAUUCGCCUCAAAUGAUCUUUCCACUGGGUUCAGGUGCUGCUCUUGCUGCAGGUGUUGAAGAAAGGCAGCUCUGGGAAGCAAGCACACAUGGGAUGUACACAUGCCCUCCAACUAACUCACUAUGCCACGCUGCCAUGCCUCUUCUGCUGCCUGCUGUCACCCCAUCCUUCCCUCUUCUGCUGCCUGCUGUCACCCCAUCCUUCCCUCUUCUGCUGCCUGCUCUGAGGGAGCUGCGGCUGUGUGGCGGCAACUUCUGGCCGCUGCGAGUGGCAGCGAGGAUAGCAGACUCUUCCCACCCGUCCCUGCGAGCCAUGAGGGGGAGGCGGCGAGGGGGGCAUGGUGCAGUCGCUGCAGGGGGGGGUGGGGGGCGGAAGGCGGUGGGGAGCGCAAUGGGAGCGGGUGUAGGUGGGGAGGGCAGUGGGGGCCGGCACCUGGUGCUGCUGGUGAAGGGGCGGGGGGCACAGGCUGGCAGCGGUGGGGGUGCUGCAGCAGUGGGCAGGACAGGAGACCCCAGGUCCCGCAUGGGGGAGAGCUGUCUUGCAUGCAUUGGCAACUGCUCUCAUCACCUUCUCAUUGCCUCCCGCUUUCUCUCAUUCUGCAAUUCCCUCUCAAUCCUUCCUUUCCCCCACUCCCCCAUCAUCCCUUCCCCCACUCUCCCAUCAUCCCUUCCCCCACUCCCUCAUCAUCCCUUCCCCUACUUCCCCCAUCAUCCCUUCCCCCACUCCCCCAUCAUCCCUUCCCCCACUCCCCCAUCAUCCCUUCCCCCACUCCCCCAUCAUCCCACUCCCCCAUCAUCCCACUCCCCCAUCAUCCCACUCCCCCAUCACCCUUCCCCCUUCUUUCCCCGCCCUUUGCCGUCCCGUGCAUCCCUGGCCAUCUCUCCCUCCAUCCCUCUGCCCUGCAUACUCUCCUUUCCCUCACUUAUUCUACAUGCCCCUCCUACCUUGCAUGACCACGCACCCCUAUACACUCUGCACACCCACCUCUUCCCCCCCCUGUCUCUUUCACCCAACCUCACACCCGUCAUCUCACACACGUCCCUCCACACAUUCCCCUUGGCCUCGCUCGGCCAGUUGCCGGCCCGUCUCAGCGCGGAGCAUGGCAGCCGCCCCUGCCAGUGGCCGACCCCGUCCUAUCCGCCUUCCACCGCCUCUUCUGCCGCCCCCUGCCGCGCUCCGCUGUUCAACCGCAUGCAACCUCAAGGUGGGCAGUUUCUCUCCUUCCCCGCACCCACUGCACCCCUAGUUCUGCACCGCUCCACCACGCUGCCACUCCUCUCUCGUCACACCACGCCUCCAUCCAUCACUCAUAUUCACAGCCUCCCUCUGCUCUCACCCAGUUUGCUCUUCAUACACGUCCAUAUGUCCUACUUCUUCCAUGAGGGCUUCUCAUCGGCUUGCCAGGCAGCGCUGCUCAUGGCGCACGCAGCGGAGCAGCCGGAGCUGCUGGAGGUACUCCUCUCUCUCGCCACCACCUGCCAGGCCGUGCGCUCGCUGCAUCACUCGCACACCACCUGUGGCUCCGCACUGCCCUGCCUCGUCUCCUCCUUCCAGGUGACCUCCUCCUGCCUCUCACCCGCAACUUCAUUUCCCUCCACACAGCCUUGCAAAGCCGAGGGUCAAGGGGCGAGUUGUGGCAUCGCUGGCACAUCAAGCACCGUAACAGUGGCGUAUGGCAACACGAUGGAAUUCCAUCGCAGGCACCUUGAGCCGUAG